CCAUCAUUCACAGUUAACCAGCUCUUACAUUUCGUAAGAUCAACACGGCAUUGCAGAAAAUAAAGCCUGACCUAACAUGGCAUCCCAAGCCGUCGAGAGCCAUCGUGUCGGCGCGGAGAUAUUCCGCGGCGACGACGCCAUCUGCAAGAAGAAGUCCGUGGAGAUGCUGGAGGAGCUGGGCCUCCCCGCUGGCCUGCUGCCCCUGGACAACAUAGAGGAGUUCGGAUACAACCGUGUGGCCGGCUUCAUGUGGCUUGUGCAAAGGAAGAAGACGGAGCACACGUUCAAGAAGGUGAAGCAGACCGUGUCGUACGCCGGCGAGGUGACGGCCUUCGUCGAGCCGGGAAAGCUGAGGAAGAUCGCCGGCGUGAAGACCAAGGAGCUGUUCCUGUGGCUCAGCGUGGUGGAGGUGUAUGUUGAGACUAGCGUGGCCCCUGGUAAUAAGGUCACCUUCAAGACCGGCACCGGUCUCUCCGAGACCUUUGAUGCAGCUGCUUUUGCUCUUGGAGAAUGAGUAAUUGUGGUGCUAUGGUAUUGGUUGCACAAGUUUGUGCCGGAUAUAAACCCUUGCGAUGCUUGUAAGUCGUCCUUCUUGUUCCACGCCUGAAUGAAUAAAGGCAAAUCCUAUUCCCCCGAGCAAAUGCACAUCCCCUAGGAACUCUUUGUGCCGGCCAUAUGUUGGGCCACUGGUUCUAUU